AUGGGAGGAAUGAUGUGUGGCUAUCCAUACGGUAUGAUGGGUGGUAUGGGAUAUGGAAUGGGUUGUAUGGGGUAUGGAAUGGGUGGUAUGGGGUGUGGAAUGGGUGGUAUGGGGUAUGGAAUGGGUGGUAUGAGGUAUGGAAUGGGCAUGUGCUGUUAUCCGAUGAUGGGAUAUGGUGGCUACGGUGGUUAUGGUGGAUACCUUGGUUAUGGUAUGUGCGGCUACGGCGGUGGCUACGGAGGAAUGUGCGGAUGUUGCGGACUAUAUGGAUAA